AGACAAAGCCGCCCGCCCGCCAGCCCGCUCGCUCCUCGCCCGAGCUCCUCCUCCGCGGGCGCCUCCCUCCCCUCCCAGGAGCCGCCGCCGCCGCCGCCGGAGCGGCUCCCGGGCCCUCGGCCGCCGCGGGCCAGACCCUUCCUAUGGCCUUUAUAAACAUGUGUCUGAGACAAGCGUUAUAUGCAGAAGCCAAAAAUGCCUGGAAGAUUUCUUGUUCCUCUCACUACUUUUCCAGCCUUUUUGCAUCUCUGCCUGAUUUGGAUGAUAUGAUAUUCAGAGGGGCACUUUAAUCGAAGCCGUUCCUCAGCGAGACACAUCUGGCAGAAGAUAGUACAUGUAAUUCAAGAUGGCCAGCCAGUCGCCCGAAGAUGCUGCAGAGUCUCAGGUCUCUGACGAGCUCGAGUGCAAGAUCUGUUAUAACCGAUACAAUCUGAAACAGAGGAAACCCAAGGUGCUGGAGUGUUGUCAUAGGGUUUGUGCCAAAUGCCUCUACAAGAUCAUAGAUUUUGGGGACUCCCCACAAGGUGUCAUCGUCUGUCCUUUCUGCAGGUUUGAGACAUGCCUGCCGGAUGAUGAAGUUAGCAGCCUGCCCGAUGACAACAAUAUCCUCGUAAACUUGACUUGCGGAGGCAAAGGGAGGAAGUGCCUGCCAGAGAACCCCACUGAGCUGCUGCUGACCCCCAAGAGGCUGGCCUCUCUGGUCAGUCCUUCCCACACGUCCUCCAACUGCCUGGUCAUCACCAUCAUGGAGGUGCAGAGAGAGAGCUCCCCAUCCCUGAGCUCCACUCCCGUAGUAGAAUUCUAUAGGCCUGCAAGUUUCGACUCUGUCACCACUGUGUCACACAACUGGACUGUGUGGAACUGCACGUCCCUGCUAUUCCAGACAUCUAUCCGGGUGUUAGUGUGGUUGCUAGGUCUGCUGUACUUCAGCUCCUUACCCUUGGGGAUCUACUUACUGGUGUCUAAGAAAGUCACCCUGGGGGUCGUCUUUGUCAGCCUGGUCCCUUCGAGCCUUGUUAUUCUUAUGGUGUACGGUUUCUGCCAAUGUGUUUGUCAUGAAUUUCUAGACUGUAUGGCCCCUCCUUCUUAAUCAAGAUGCAAAAUAACAACUUUGGCACACAUUGCUAUGUUUGAAGUUAGGUAAUUUAUAAUUUCUUUUAUGUUCUUUAUGAUUAGUGUCCAUGACAUGAACAAAGCCCUUGGCCAUAUGUUUGUGGUCCAUUUUCCAUCAGAAUGUUGACUGGAUUGGUUUUCCUGUAUGCUGGAAGUAAAAAUGUUCAUUUUUACUUAGGGCUUAGCAAAGAAGCAAAACUGUGUAAACUCAGCCUUCAUGGAGCACUGACAGCUGUGAGUCUUCUCACAGAAAGGGCAAGAUGUCACUUGGCACUGGCAGCCAGACUGCAGGGGUGUGGUGUGUGCUGUAGUAGAGGUCUUUGUGGAAAGUUAGGAAUGAACUGAUUCCUUUUUUUCAGAAUCAUGGCUGUUCUACGAUGGCAGGUGGACAUGAGAGGACGGGUGCUCUGAGACACAGCCAUGUGCAAAGUGUGCACUCUUGCGCCCCCCCCCCAUUAGUCCUAGCGUUGGAUCCCCCUGGAACCAUCUUUUGGUGUUUUCUCUCUUGAAUUAGUGUGUCUCUCUGUGGUCUGCUGUGCCCAUUGAAAUGCCUGUUCCCUCUGCACAUUCUUUCUUGCCAAGGGGAGGCUAUUCCCUUGAGUGAUAUCAGCUGAAUAUCUGUUUUGCCACGUUACUAGAGAUAAUGAAAACACUGAGGAGCUUUCAUGGCAGAAUAUGGCCAUUUGUCUUUGAGACAUAUCCUUCCUCAUGUUUAUUUUCCUCUCUCCUCAGGCUUCUCUGAGAACAACUGAGGAGAAUGAACUUCUGGUAGAGCAGUUAUCCUUCACGGAAACUUUCAGUUGAACCUUUCCUUAAAACGUUUUAGUUUUUUUUCUUUUUAGCCACAUUACUUAAUCAGCCCCACCUUUUAUCCUGAACGAGGUUCCAUUUAAAUUCGUUGCUCGAAAUUUAUGAGGACUUUCUUUUUUUCCCAUUGCAUUUUUAAUUUUGUUAGGGUUUAUUUAAUUUAAUCUUAAAACAGUAUGGAGCAAAUUGUGGCAAAGGAAACCCAGAAAUAAUUAACGAGACACUCUAGCUCACAGUUUGAAGUGCUGAGAACCUAAGUAUGUUGCUGUACUGUACUGCAUUGUACCAAAAUAUAAUGGUUUGGGUUUAUGUGCAAGGCUGUGUUUUGUAGUAGUCCAGGCAGAGGGGUGGGCAAGAGACACUCAAGCUGAUGCCCUGUGUGAAAAGACCCUUCAAGAAAGUAAAAUGAGAGGGCUGAGUGCAGCUUAACAUGUUGCUGUCCCUGUUGUCCUUAGGUUAGUUUUGAAAUGGAUUCAAGUUCUUACAUAAUUGUUUUCAAAUAAAAGCAUAAACCAGGUGGCUGGAGUUAAUGAACUUCUUUUCAUAAUUUAGAGGAAGUUGAAUGUAUAUAUUUAUGAGAAAAAUGGUUUAGCAGAUUAUAGGUUGAGGGAAUAGAAUGUUCACAGAAACUAAGCAAAAAACAAAAAAAGCAUUUUAGUCUCUAAGACCCAUUACUGAUGAUUAACAUGAAAAUAUUUGUAACUUUUAGAAAGGGGCAUUACUAUGACUACAUUAACUUGUUUGUGAUGAAAUAUUUAUUGUGCAAUAUAGUUUCACUGGCCAAUUCCAAUAUCCUUAUUCAGGGAAAAUUGACACUUAACUAGAACAGCAGUUUGAUUUUAAUUGUGUAACUAUUAACUUGGAGAAUAUGUAUGCCCAAGCUAAGUAUGAUGAGAAAGUAUAGGUGGGAUGUGGUCCAAUGAAUUUAAACCCCAGGAUACAGCUAAAUACAUUUAUGGUUUCAUAAGAUCUAGUUUAGAUAGCAUCAUGAAUGCAAUUUCCAGAAAUCUAUUUGUACUUAGAAUAAAUAUAAUGUUUAGGAGAUGUUUUGUGAUUUGGAUUUAUAUAUUUAUAAGGUUUUUAAAAAAUGCUCAUUUUGUCUGAAAUGUAACAUUGAAUAAAUUGGUGAGUUAUAUGAGAUUUAUAGAAAGCUCUGGACAUGGGUACUAUAUAUUUUGCUUAUUUGUGUAAUGUCUGCAGUGCUGAAUCUGUCUCUGUGUAUUGUGGCAGUCUUUUUUUUUUAAGUUGUGAGUAAGUUAAUUUGGUUUUAAAGAGUUAUAAAUGUAUGACAACAAAAAACUCUUAGUGGUGUUGAAUGAAAAAGGGACAAUGUUUUAAUAUUUUCUUCACUGUGAUAAUGUUUUGUUUGUUUAUUAAAUUGUUAUUAUUUCCAAACUAGAAGUUUGAUUUCUCUGACUCAUGGUUGAAAUUCAGUUAGUACUUUGGACCUCUGUUAACUUUAGAUAACUGCAAAACGUGAACUUUCAGAAACAUUGAAUAAGCUAAUGCCUUUAUCAUGUGCACAGAGAUUUCAGAAUUUUUCAGCAAAGGGCACCUGACCUAUCACACUUCUAAAAGGCCCUUAUACCUUUUCUUUUUAAAGCAAGGGAGA